AACCACAGAUCUUUGAUGCCUCGGGCACAGUUUUUGUACCAGCUGAGGAAGCCUGUGUCAAUAUUUCAUGUUAUGUUCCAUCCACAGAUUCCACCGAAGAGAACAACUUGCACAAGGACCUGCUCACUUCUCUGCUGAUUCUGGGCCUGGUUGUCAUCAUCUUCCUGGUGCUGGUUGGGUAUUUUUUCAGGUUCAGGAGACACAGGAAAGCUGUCGUGACCUCCGGGGACAAAAAGAUGCCGAACGGGAUCCUGGAAGAGCAAGAACAGCAACGGGUCAUGUUGCUCAGCAGGUCUCCCUCCGGCCCAAAGAAGUAUUUUCCUAUUCCGGUGGAAAAUCUGGAGGAGGAAAUCCGGAUACGCUCGGCAGACGAAGGGAAGCUCUUCAGGGAGGAGUUUAAU